AUGUUAGGAAAAGAUAAAAUAAAACAAUUACAAAAGAAAGGAAUUUUUGAACGAAAAGGAAAACUUGUAUUACAAAUGGAAGAAAUUAUUCCUCCUCAACGUCUUUGGGAUUCAGAGAAUGGAAAUACUGAAUUCUUAUUACCACAAGGAGUUAUUUAUGAUAUGUUAUGUAGUUAUUGUCUUCCAUUUUUAUUUUAUAAACAAACAGUAUUAUUUAACAGGGAUUUGAUUAUCAAACAUAUUAAUGUAGUUGCUGUAAAAUUAGAAAUUAUUAAUUCUUCAUUACCUCAGGCACUAGAAAAUAUGAAACAAUCUCAAAUUGAACUUCCAAAACAAAUACACAACUCUGUACAAACAAUUGAAGCAUUAAAAGAAAGAGUAAAAAUUUGUCAACAAAGAGUUAUAUCUCUUUCUCAAUUUAAUAACUCAUUACAAAAGUUUAUUGAAAUUAAAGAAGGUGUUAUACAAAAUGAAGAAAUGAAACAUAUAAUUGGAUUUCCUAUUGACUUUUCUAAUGAUGUUGUUGGAAUACACCCGAGUUUAAUGUAA